CUCUGCUUAUUAGUGAAGUAGGAGGCCAAGGAAAAAAUAAGGUUUGCUUGUAUAUUUUUAAUAUUACACAAGGUACCAGAUAGGGAAUAUUCUCAACACAAACGAGUUUUGAGAUCCUGCAAUUGUAAGUUGUAGCAUGCAAUAGUGUUCUCACAAGGCCUUCAACUAGAUACAAACGAUAUCUUUCCUAUCCAACCGAUCCUUCUGCUUUGAUGUAUUUUCUUCUACGGUGGCAAUAUACAUAGAUGCCCACCGUUUAAUUCAUCAUUGAGAGUAUAAAAUACUGGCGAUAUCCAGUCCGGAACGGCCACAUCAUCGGUUUUCGCAGUUGUCGUAUAGAUGCGCGAAUUUCGAACGUUAAUAGAGUGAGCGGAGUAUAGGCAAAAGUGUGUGACCAUGAAGGACUUGGCGGAAACGGUUGCCAAGGACAUACCAGGGGAAAUUGCCACCCCGAGUGUUUUGCUGAAGCGGUUGACGUCUGAGCAAGUCAAGGAAAUGUUCGAGCAGUUCGAUCUGAAUAAUGACGGCGAACUGUCAGAGGAAGAAUUGGGACAAGCCUGCCGACAGCUGGGCUUACCAUUCAGUGCCAAAGAAAGUGAACAAAUCGGACACCAACUUAUGCAGGCCGCAGAUGAGAACGAUGACAAAUCACUGAGUUUGAGUGGUAGGUCUUUUUAUAUCUUCCAAUGGGAUCGUUUGUAUCUCUUCGACGUAGUGCUAGAUGAGAACGAUGACAUGUCACUUAGUCUGAGUGGUAGGUCUAUUUAUAUCUUCUAA